AUGUUACAAGUGAUUGGACAUAGAGGAUUUAAAGCCAAGUACCCAGAGAAUACAUUACUAUGUUACGAGAAAGCACAUGAAGCGGGAUCGGAAGUAAUCGAGACUGAUUUACAGUUGACUAAAGAUGGUAAGAUAGUAAUGAACCAUGAUAUCAAUACAGAGAGAGUUUGGGACCAAAAUGUCGUGAUAGGUGAGACGAACUUGGAUGAAUUACUACUGUUGAAGAGUAAGAUAAAUCCAGAAAUCAGGAUAACGACAUUCAAGGACGCCUUACAAUGGUUAAAAGAACACCCUACAAUGAAAUUUAUGUUGGAUAUCAAGCCUACAAAUGAUAAGGUUCUUUUAAUCAAGGCGAUUCUUGAAAUGAGAGCAGUAGUCGAUGAUUUAGAUUUCUGGAGGCAACGUUUGAUGUUCGGAUUGUGGCAACUUGAUUGGUACAAAUACGGGGUCACCACGGCCACACUGAAGGGUUUCAAGAUCGUGGCCAUCUUACCCUUCACAGCGAUGGCUACUAAAUUUGUCGAAUACUCUAAAUCCUUGAGCGAUGACAACUACAAGUUGCAUGGUGUCAGUCUUCAUUUCAUUAACUCUUGGAAACCCGAUUUCAAGAAAACUGUAUUACCAUACUUGCAAGAAAACAACCUUGCCGUAUACCUUUGGACCGUCAAUUCCGAAAUUGACAUCAAAUAUAUCAGUAGUAUGACCAUUACCGGGAUUAUCGUUGAUGAUCCGGUAGCUUCAGUGUCAAUUCGAGAUGAGUACAUUCGGAAAGCAGUGCCGUUUGUACCGCCAAUUUUCAAUAGCUCUGAAGGUUUUAGACUAUACCUUAGACUUCGGGUAUUCGAAGUGGCUGAAAGGAUCCUUAGCUCAAGAUGGGCCACUGUCCCAGUAUUCCAUGAUAUCACCUUGUUGAAAGUAACCGUUUUAUUGUUAAGAAGAAUCCACUUCAUUUAA